UAUUUAGAGUCCCCAAUUAGAAGGUAAAAAUCUUUUAGCUAGAAUGAUGACCCUCCUUUGAAGAAGUACUCCCAUAAAUGAGAAACUAAAAGGGGCUGGUAGCGACCUCAUUGAUCUCUCGGAGAUCCAAAAGUGCGAAGAUUUGAAAGAUAAUCAGGAAGAACGAGGUGUAAUGAUGGAAAAGAGGAUAACUAGAAGCCAGGCUCGUACAAAACGAGUAAUUCUAUGAAUUCUCUGAUCGGAGAUUCUUCCCUCGGUAUCGGAGUGUCACAAAGGAUGGAUGAGAUAGGGAUGGUUUGUGGAUUCAGGGAUGGCAAAGGUGUUGUGAAAGAUCAAUGUAGGAACGGUAAGAAAGGUGAUUUCGUCGACCAUAAAUGAAUAUUUUAAUGCUUAAUAUUAAUGGCUUUUGGGAAAGGGGAAGUCAAGGUGAAAUGGGUUAAUGAUCUAAUUCAGAAACAUAAUCUGGCAGUGGUUGGAAUUCAAGAAACGAAACGUAAACAUAUGUCUGAAAUGUUGAUUAGGAAGUUAUGGGGAAGUAGCGAUUUUGAGUUCUUGUCUAUUGACAGCCAAGGAAAUGGUGGCGGCUUACUUAGCAUCUGGAACAAUUCUCUUUUCUCUAAGGAUACUGUCUUGUGUAGCGAGGAUUGUUUGAUCUUCACAGGAAAAACGUUAUUAUGGUCAGCCCCCUUUAAAUUCUUCAACUCAUGGCUAGAAGAGGAGGAUCUUGAAAAUUUAGUUAUUGAUGUGUGGAAAAACUUUAAGAUAGAUGGUCGGCAUUGUAAAUUGUUUCUGAUUAUGCAAAAACUUAAAGUUGUGAAAUCAAAGAUUAAAGCCCAGGCGAUGGAAUAUAAAAGAAAGGAAGAAGGGGACAGGAACGUUUGGAGGAGAAGAAUUAAAGAAAUUGAUAAGAUUGUUGAAGAGGAUCAUCAUAGCAUUGAUAUCAUGGCGGAAAGGCUAGAUCUUGUUUCAAAGAUCAGGUGGAAAUAUUAGAAAGAUUUUGCUGACAUUACCCAAAAAAACAAGAACAAAUGGUGUCUGCAGGGGGACGAAAACUCUACAUUAUUCCAUAGAAGCAUCAAUAGAAGAAAACAUGUUAAUUGGAUUAGUGGUGUUGAUAUCAAUGGUGUUUGGACGAGGAGUCCUGAUAUGGUUAAACUGCAUUUCAAAGACCACUUUGAGAAUAUUUUCAAAACUGACUCGGAGUGUGAUUGGUGUCAAGAUUUGGAUAAUCCAUCACGUAUAUCUUAUUUGGAUAAAAGCAACCUAGAAAAAGAUUUUUCAGAAGAAGAAUUAAAACGAGCCAUAUGGAGCUGAGGCUCUAACAAAUCUCCAGGUCCCGAUGGUUUUACUAUGGAUUUUUUUUCGAAAAUUUUGGCUAGUCUUAAAGGGUGAUCCUUUUGAACCUUAUAAUGAAUUUUCCAGAAAUCCAGUAAUCCCCGAAGGUGUCAAUGCUGCUUUUCUCACUCUUAUUCCUAAGACGGCUAACCCUACUUCAGUCAAAGACUAUAGACCUAUCGGCUUAAUCUCGAGUAUUUAUAAAAUUUUCUCCAAGAUGUUGGCUAAUCGCUUGAAAUAUGUGCUUCCCUCGAUUAUUGGAGUCUCCCAGUCAGCUUUUGUGAAAAAUCGCCAAAUCUUGGAUGGUCCGCUGAUUGUAAAUGAAGUAGUUGACAGGGUAAAAUUAAGAAAAAAAAAAAACCCUGUUAAUUUUCAAAUCAGAUAUUGCUAAAGCAUAUGACACGGUUUCUUGGCAAUAUCUUGACUCAAUGCUUGAAUAGAAAGGUUUUGGAUGGAAAUGGCGUAGAUGGAUUCGUGAACGCCUUAGAUCAGGAUCCUCUUCUGUUCUUGUGAAUGCCUGCGCUUCUAAGGAAUUUAAAGCUUUUCGUGGUCUUAGACAAGGAGACCCCAUCUCUCCUUUUCUGUUCACAUUGGUUAUGGAAAGUCUCAAUCAUGUAAUGUAGAAGGCGGCAGAAAACGGGAAUUAUAAAUGAAUCGAAGUGGGAGAGGAUAAGAUUUUAUCGACUCAUCUUUCUUUGCAGAUGAUGCAAUCUAUUUUGGUGAAUGGUCGAUCGAAAAUAUCCUGAACCCAAUUAGAAUUUUGUAUUGCUUCCAAAGAUCGGCGGGUUUAAAAUUCAACUUUGAUAAAAGCUCACUUAUUGGAAUAGGGAAGGAGGGAGUCCCGGUUGAAGUUUUGGCCACAAUCGUUGGGUGUAAGGCUGACCACCUCCCCGUUAGAUUCAUUGGUAUGCCAAUCGGUGUCAACAUGGGAUCUUCCAGACCCUAGAAACCUUUAGUUGAUAAGUUCAAGAAGAAAUUAAGUAAGUGGAAAGUGAAGACUUUAUCGAUUGGUGGGAGGUACACAAUUGUUAGUAAUAUUCUUGGCAUUUUGGGUACGUUUCUGUUCUCUCUCUUUAAAGCUCCUAAAAAGGUGUUAAAAACCCUUGAAAGCAUUAGACGUGAUUUUUUUUGGGGUGGGUCGGAUUCAGAGAGAAAAAUUCCAUGGAUCUAAUGGAAUAUUGCCCUGGCUAAUAAAGAAGUUGGAGGAUUAGGUAUUUGGUCACUUGCAUCUUUGAACAUAGCCUUAAUGACAAAGUGGUAUUAGCGCUUCAAAGUGAAGCAACGAGCUUUGUGGACGUCGAUAAUCAACAAUAUUCAUGGUAAUGCAUCUAUUAUGGAUGAGAAUCCUAGAGCUAAAUGUGGCCAUACUUUAAAACGGAUAAUUCGUCAGUGGUGCCUCCUGAAAGAUGACAGAUUGGACCUUAGAAAUCUUAUAAAAAGGAAGAUUUGAGACGGGAAAAAAACUUUGUUCUGGCAGGAAUGGUGGACUGGUGAUGCACCUCUCAAAUCUGUUUUUCCAAGGCUGUAUAACUUGGAAUUGGAUAAAUCGUGUACUGUGGAAGAGAAAUUAAGAAACUUUGAUUCCCAUCAUGAAGGAAGGGAGAUUAUCGGGCAGGUAGAAGUAGUGAGGAGCUUGUUUGGCUUGUUGAUUUGCUUAUGUUAACCCAGUUGACAAACGGUGACGGUAAAUGGAUCUGUCCCGGUGGUCCUACGGAUUGCUUCACAUUGAAAUGGAUGCGGAAAAAGUGAACGGUAUAUCCCAUCAGGUGAGUGGUCUUAACAGAUGGAAAAUUUGGAUUCCCAAAAAGAUUAACAUCUUCGUAUGGGGACUGAUUAAAAAUCGAAUUGCUGUGAAAACGAUCUUGGAAAAGAUGGGUAUUAAUCAUGGUUCUACUCUUUGUGAGGUGUGCAAGGCUGGAGAGGAGUCCAUUUUCAUGUGUAUAAAGAUUAUGUUUUGGAUAAAGAGGUGUGGGCUAAAGUGCAAGCUUGGUGGAGGAUUAACAAUUGUGAUAUUGUUUCUAUGGAUGACUUCUUUCGAUGGCUUGAGGAGGCUACUGAUGACUGUUUGCAAGGCAAAGCUCCUUUCGCGGUCGGGUGUGCAACUGUUAUUAAUCUUUGGAGGAAUCGGAAUGAUGCUACUUUUCAAUCUCAGAUGAGAAGGGCGGCGGACAUUUUCACCCUUAUACAAAGGGACUCUCUUCUUUGGAUUGAUAGUAGGUUGUUAAAAGUGGUGAUUGACGGGAGUGCUUGGCUUUUUUCUCUUAGACUAGCUAUCAAACCUAUGUAAUUGUUGGUUUUGUGCCUCCCAGCUCCUUGUUGGGUGUGCCUUUUAAUGUUAUUGCCUUUU